AUGGAGCUGGCUGUGAUGCUACUGUCCCGUUUCCCAGCUGAGGACAGUGAGUUGGCUUGGGUCAAGACUGGAGCCGGAGACCAGCCUGUGGAAGCCACCGAUGAUGCCUUUUGGGACCAGUUCUGGGCGGACACAGCCACCUCGGUGCAGGAUGUCUUUGCCCUGGUGCCAGCGGCAGAGAUCCGGGCUGUGCGGGAGGAGUCACCCUCCAACCUGGCCACUCUGUGCUACAAGGCCGUGGAGAAGCUGGUGCAGGGAGCGGAGAGCGGCUGCCAUUCGGAGAAGGAGAAGCAGAUCGUUCUGAACUGCAGCCGGCUUCUCACCCGUGUGCUGCCCUACAUCUUUGAGGACCCUGACUGGAGGGGCUUCUUCUGGUCCACAGUGCCCGGGGCAGGGCGAGGAGGGCAGGGAGAGGACGACGACGAGAAUGCCCGGCCCUUGGCUGAGUCCUUGCUUCUGGCCAUCGCUGACCUUCUCUUCUGCCCAGAUUUCACCGUCCAGAGCCACCGCAGGAGCACUGUGGGAGGGUAUCUGCCUCUCAAAGACCUGAGGGUCAUUGUCAAGCCUGUAGAUGGCGCAGUGCCAAGAAUGGACCCUGAUGUAAACUAUGGGUUUGAUGAUGUGUCCACACACGCCCUGCCCCUGUUUACUUCCCUCCUCAACACCGUGUGUGCCUAUGACCCUGUGGGCUACGGGAUCCCCUACAACCACCUGCUCUUCUCCGACUACCGGGAACCCCUGGUGGAGGAGGCUGCCCAGGUGCUCAUUGUCACCUUGGACCAUGACAGUGCCACCAGCGCCAGCCCCACCGUGGACGGCACCACGACGGGCACUGCCAUGGAUGACACGGACCCUCCAGGACCUGAGAACCUGUUUGUGAACUACCUGUCCCGCAUCCAUCGUGAAGAGGACUUUCAGUUCAUCCUCAAGGGCAUAGCCCGGCUACUCUCCAACCCUCUGCUCCAGACCUAUUUGCCCAACUCCACCAAGAAGAUCCAGUUCCAUCAGGAGCUGCUGGUCCUCUUCUGGAAGCUCUGUGACUUCAAUAAGAAAUUCCUCUUCUUUGUGCUGAAGAGCAGUGAUGUGCUGGACAUCCUGGUCCCCACCCUCUAUUUCCUCAAUGAUGCCCGAGCGGAUCAGUCUCGGGUGGGCCUGAUGCACAUCGGAGUCUUCAUCCUGUUGCUUCUGAGCGGCGAGCGGAACUUUGGGGUGCGGCUCAACAAGCCCUACUCAGUGCGCGUGCCCAUGGACAUCCCGGUCUUUACCGGUACUCACGCAGACCUGCUCAUUGUGGUAUUCCACAAGAUCAUCACCAGCGGUCACCAGCGGCUGCAACCCCUCUUCGAUUGCCUGCUCACCAUCGUGGUCAACGUGUCCCCCUACCUCAAGAGCCUGUCCAUGGUAGCUGCCAAUAAGCUCCUGCACCUGCUGGAGGCCUUCUCCACCACCUGGUUCCUCUUCUCUGCUGCCCAGAACCACCACCUGGUCUUCUUCCUCCUGGAGGCCUUCAACAACAUCAUCCAGUACCAGUUUGAUGGAAACUCCAACCUGGUCUACGCCAUCAUCCGAAAGCGCAGCGUCUUCCACCAGCUGGCCAACCUGCCCACCGACCCGCCUGCCAUCCACAAGGCCUUGCAACGGCGCCGACGGACGGCUGAGCCCUUGUCCCGAACCGGCUCACAAGAGGGCGCCUCCAUGGAGGGCUCCCGCCCUGCCGCCCCCGCCGAGCCCGGCACUCUCAAGACCAGCCUGGUGGCCACCCCAGGCAUUGACAAGCUGACGGAGAAGUCCCAGGUGUCAGAGGAUGGCACCUUGCGAUCCCUGGAGCCCACGUCCCAGCAGAGCUCGGCGGAUGGCAGUCCCACUGCAGAGGAGCCCGGCCAGGCAUGGCGGGAGCAGCGGCGACUGUCCAGCGCGUCAGCCAGUGGGCAGUGGAGCCCAACAUCGGAGUGGGUUCUCUCGUGGAAGUCCAAGCUGCCACUGCAGACAAUCAUGAGGCUGCUUCAGGUGCUGGUUCCCCAGGUGGAGAAGAUCUGCAUUGACAAGGGCCUGACGGACGAGUCAGAGAUCCUGAGGUUCCUGCAGCACGGCACCCUGGUGGGGCUGCUGCCCGUGCCCCACCCCAUCCUCAUCCGCAAGUACCAGGCCAAUUCGGGCACGGCCAUGUGGUUCCGCACCUACAUGUGGGGCGUCAUCUACCUGAGGAAUGUGGACCCACCUGUCUGGUACGACACAGAUGUGAAGCUGUUUGAGAUCCAGCGGGUGUGA